AUCUUUUGUGUUUCACAGUAGUUUAGAUUUUCUCUGGCUUGCUGUGGUUUGUGAGUCCAGAUUACAGGGCAGGGGACCAAACCUCUGCUGUUGUCUUUCAAGCAAGAUAUGGACUCAUCCAGUGGCUUCCAGAGACGUUCAGGACUAACCAACCGAAUCUGCUGUUCUGAGCAUCCAGAUGCUGCCCUCAUAGAGGAUUACAGGGCUGGGGAUCAAAUUUGCUCAGCAUGUGGGAAGGUUAUUGGAGAUCGCGUUAUUGAUGUUGGUACUGAAUGGAGAACUUUUGGUGAUGAGAAGGGUGAUGUAGACCCAUCUCGAGUUGGAGGACCUGAGAAUCAUCUCCUGAAUGGGGCUGAUCUUUCCACUAUGAUUGGACCAGGACCCAGUCGUUCCUCCGACUUUAAUCCCAAAUACCACAACAGGAAAACUCUCUCGGGCUCUGAUAGAGCUCUCAUCAAUUCCUUCAGAGAGAUCGGGAAUAUGGCUGAUCGUCUCAAUCUUCCUCGCACCAUUGUGGAUCGUGCUAAUCUUCUUUUCAAGCAAGUCCACGAUGGAAAGAACCUGAAGGGACGAUCAAAUGAUGCUAUUGCUUCUGCUUGCCUGUAUAUUGCCUGCCGUCAGGAGGGUGUUCCUCGCACGUUUAAGGAAAUAUGUGCAGUGAGCAGUGUAAGCAAAAAGGAAAUUGGGCGUUGCUUCAAACUCAUCCUGGCAGCCCUGGAAACAAACGUUGACCUAAUAACCACUGGUGAUUUCAUGCCAAGAUUUUGCAAGAAUCUAAGGCUAGAUGUGAUGGUGCAAAGGGCUGCAACCCACAUUGCUCGCAAGGCAAUAGAGUUGGAUAUUGUCCCUGGGAGGUCCCCCAUCUCUGUUGCUGCAGCAGCUAUCUACAUGGCAUCUCAGGUGAACAUCAUUAAAGCCUUUUUAAAAAGUAAUUCUGCCUCUGAGGAUAAGCGGUCGCCAAAAGAUAUAGGCGACAUUGCUGGGGUGGCUGAUGUUACCAUUCGACAGUCCUAUAAGCUCAUGUGUCCUCGGGCUGCAGAGCUAUUUCCAGAGGAUUUCAAGUUUGCGAUACCUGUGUCCCAGCUUCCUCCUCAAUAGAGUUUAUGGACUUUAAUUGGUUAUUUGUUUGACAUGAAUAAUUAAUUAUUUGCUUUGUUCAUCAAAAGAAAAGCUCAUGUGAGGAUUCUGUGCUCAUGGACUGCAUAUAAGAUGUGAUCAGGAUUGACCUUAUGCUGUUGUCAUUUGUGUCCAUUUUCAUGUGUCAGGGAAUAUUCCAGAGUUAAGGCCAUUGAUUGAUUGAUCAUAUAUGCAGUCAAUGAGUUGUCUUAUCUCAAUCCAGAGAAGGAUCAUGUGAAGGGGCUUGUGAUGACAACUGUAUGAUGAUUUGAUUUGCAAAGGUGUUUUAAUAGUUACCACUUCUUGUUAUUCUAUUGUGAGAAAACUACCAAAAGUUCACAAUGCUUAUGUCUGGCACUUCAUGCAUUCACUUUUCCAGCAGGCACUGUAUACUCAGUAUUGACCUGCUUCAGCAUUGAUUUCUUAUUGAACUCCAUUAUCCAGGGGUCCUCCACAAAACUCUCAAAGCAGAGGCAUUGUCAUUCAUGUGCACUGCAUAUUAGCCACUUUUGCACCCUCCUAUAACAUGGAAUAAAAAGCAUAGAGCAGUGGGUCUGAGGAAAUCCAAUAUUCCCUGCUAAUCUUAAGAAAGGGAUUCAAGAGAGUUGUGGACCCAAGCAGUGAGGGAAGCCAGAGAUUAUCAGGGAUUUCAGGAGCAGGCCUAAUCCAUGUGGAGAAGUGUGUGAUGUGUAUGUGCAGGUGAUUAAAGCAUGUACUUGGGCCCUUCAUGCUUGCACAUUUUGAGGGGAACCUUGCAUUAUCAUCAGUGAAGUAAAAUAGGAACAGGACAUCCAGGUUUUCUGCAAAUUUAGUAGAAUCUCCUUGAAUUCAACUCAAUGGGUUUAGUUCUGGGUUUGGAUCCAGCUAAAUCUUUUCCUGGGUUUUUAAUGUUGCUGGGUCUACCUGCAAGGUGCAUUUCUAGCUGUUUUGUGCUUGUUAUUUCCUUUCUAGGAUUUUUGUGUUCUCCACAUCCUGCAAUUUGGUACAUUCCCUUUCCAAAGGUUUAUUAUUUUGUCAGUUUUUAAGACUAGAAUGUCUUCUGAAUCUGACAUGUUUCUACAGCAUGUAGCUGUUAUGAUCCAUUGGCACUGUCAAGCUUGCCCAUUGCUUUAUUUGUCAAAGAAACAUUACAGCAUAUUUGUGCACAAGCAUUCAAGUACCCAAAUCUAGACUUCAUGAGGAGAGAGACUCACUCUUCAGAUCAUAUUCUGCAACUCCCACAUGGUAGUUUUUUAACUCAGAGAAACAGAAUGGUAAUGACAUUGACUCCAUGUCAAUGUGCUGCCCUUGAAGUUACUGUAAGUCUUUUCCCCCCUGUUUGCUUUUCCCAGUUUUUUCUCAUCUGAGUGAAUUCUCAGUGUGGUAAAUUUGAUAUUAUACCUCAUGCUCUGCUGUUCAUAAAAUAUUCCAUGCCAUGGAUAGUCAUUUUUCAAUCUGACAUUUUACCCUUGACUUGGACACCCUGUAUGGGAAGUGCCCCUUUGCAUGAAUGUCUGAGUCAAUGAAAAAAUGUCUAACUACAGUGAAGAACACUGUAACUGGCCAUCUGCUUCCUGUCAUGGUUUCCUUCCAAUAUAGACUCAGAUGCAGGGCAACCUAAGAGUUGUCUCUGGAAGAUUUUUCAUCCAUUAGAGCAAUUCACUGGGCCUUGUGCAUGUCCUUGCACUUUGUCUGAGACUGUAUUACUGCACCACUGUGGAUUGACGACCCUGGUGCUGCUUAAUAUAUUGGUUUUGAAAGGGUGCCACUAGGCUACCAUUCCUGUCAAAGUGGGAGGAUUUGUGCCAUUGUCAUAGUUUAGAGUUAGCCUUAUUCUUCAUUAGAAGAUUCCCCUUGAUAUGUGUCAGGUGGUGUUUUGCAUUCAAUAGAACUGUGGAGAUCAUACUUUGCUAUACCAUUCUUUCUUUUCUGAUAAUGGUUUUUGCUAGGAUUUGCUAUUUACAUCAACUGAGAUCAUCUGACUGAAAUGUCAGGUUUGGGACCAUCAUGAGCAAGAAUGGGAAGUGGAGCUUCCAGGAAGAAUGGGCUGAAGUGUCCCAGCUGCAUACUGUUCACUGGGAAUUGUGGUAAGAAAAUUUAAACUUGGACCUUUUGAUACUAUGAUCUUGUUGAACAAAACUCCUCAUUCUAUUCUGAAGGCAACUGCAGAGUCCAUAUUUUGUGAAUCUCUUUCUUAUAAUUAAAUGAAAUUCUGCCAUCUC